ACAAGUGGUGUCGCAUUGAUGCUUUGAAGCCUCUUCACUAUGAACUUGGCAACAUUUAUGAUGCCCUAAUUGAAAUUUCUGACGAUACUACCUUUCCUGGAUCAUCUGGCAUGUCGGCAUGUUCAGAUGCAGAAGCUCUUGCAAAUGGCCUUUCCAAGUUCAAAUUUGUGACUUCACUCAUUUUGUGGUAUAAUAUCCUUUUCCUGAUUAACCUCACUAGUAAGCAACUUCAGGAAAAGAACUUGGACAUACACUCUGCUAUUCAAAAACUGCAGCAAACUAAAAAUAUUCUGGAAGAAUUCAGAAGUGAUGAAGGGUUUGAAAGAACACUAAUAGAUUCUCUCGAGCUUGCUGAAGGAAUAGACUUUCCAACCGAAUUUGAACCAAACCCAGUUUGCAUUCGGCAAAAGAAACAGCAGUUUUUGUAUGAAGGACGAGACACACCCAUUCAGAAUACAAAACAAAGGUUCAAGGUGAAUUUCUACUUUGCAGUCCUUGAUACUGCUAUUCAUGCAGUUGAUGAAAGAUUUCAACAGAUGCAGCAGCUAGAGUCAGUAUUUGGUUUUCUAUGUGAUAUCCACAAUUUUCAAAAUAAAACAGCAAAACAGAUAAGAGAAUUGUGUAUAAAACUGGAGUCGGCAUUGUCUCAUGAAAAUUCAAAAGACAUUGAUGCUACUGAUUUAUGUAGUGAGCGUCAGGCUUUUUCGAGACGACUUAAGAAACAUUUCCCUCCUGAAGAAGUACUGAAGUUUGUUUGUGAAAAUAAACUCUCAGUUUUCUAAACAUUUUAAUAGCUC